AUGUCACAUCAUCACACAUCAACUGUCGAUUGCACAUUCGAGUGUCUUCCAUCUGAAACAGAAUGCAAUCCUUUGCCGUUUUUGUUGCAACUUGCUUAGCCGUAGCCGCCGCUAAUCCCAUUGCCAAAGGCAUCUAUGAUGGCUGCGGUACAACUACCACUUGUUGGGGUGUAAACGCGGACUCCGGAAGUGGCUGUGUUGACACUCAAGAUUGUUCCCUGAUCGUGGCUUGGUCCCUCGACGGAGAAGCCUACAACUUCGAGCUUCAAGCCACCAAUCCCGAAAACGGAUGGGUGGGUUUCGGUUUGUCUCGAGACACUUCCAUGGGAGACGACAGUGUGGUGAUCUGCAACUCCGAAUCUGGCAACGCUGAUCUUUAUUGGAACGUGGCUGAGUCCGACGAGGUCAAAUAUCCUCUGCCUGUUGGUGAUAAUACUGGCUUGACCACUGGAUCUGUGACCAACGACAACGGCAUCUAUUGCUCUUUUACCCGUGAUUCUUCCUUGACCUUCUUGACCCCUGUGGACCCUGCUGAAGAGGUGACCUUUGAUUUGGCCAGUGAGGCUUUCUAUAUCUUGCUUUCCACUGGACCCAUUAUCGAUGGCGAGCUUAAUCAGCACAACGCCGUUGGCAUCUCUGACGAUUUGGUGCAAUUUUAGAAUGAAACUUUUCAGUGCCUUGAUUACCAUUGAAACUCAGUCAAGACAAUAAACAUUAAGCUUAGA